AUGUGUGGAGUGAAAGAUGAAAUACUUAGACCCCCUCUAAACCCCCAACCACCAAGUCACCCCAAACCCACCGGCAAGAAGCCCCCCAACCCCCUAGUCACCCCACAACCCACGGCAAGGAAGCCCCCCAACCCCCGAUUCACCCCAAACCCACCGGCAAGAUCCCCCAAAUGCCUGAGUCACCCAAGGACCCAUGUCAAGAAGCCCCAACCCGAGUCACCCCAACCCACCGGCAAGAAGCCACCAACCCCCGAUUACCCCAAAACCCAACGGCAAGAAGCCCCAAUGCCUGAGUCACCCCGACCCACUGUCAAGAAGCCCCCAACCCCGAGUCACCCCAAACCCACCGCAAGAAGCCCCAGCCCCGAGUCACCCCAAAACACGGCUUCCUUGUUGCUCAUCCACGACCUGAAAUCGUACCACGCCCGACACGGUUUUGCACAGGCUGUGCGGAGAGUAGAGACGUCGGGUCGCUCCCUUGCGUAG